AAGACGUAAAAAACCGGUAAGACCGAAAAUGGCGGAUAGUGGUGAAAGCUCCAAGCAGACAUACUCGAUAAUUCGAGAAAUAUACGAAAAUGGUGCAGCUAGUGAACAUUUUGAAGUAAAACUGGAGGAAGCGUUAGAAAAGGCUGUAUCUGUUAUUAUUAUUGAACCCAGCGUGUUGGGUGCCGAAACUGCAAAAUGGAUAAUGAUAGGAAAUUUUCUUCAUAAAACGUCCGUACUAACUGGUGUAUUCUCUUUAUCACUUGCAAUACCAAAUUAUGUUCCAAAAGCCUAUGUUCCUCUCGGUUUUGUGAGUUUCGUUUGUGCUGGAUUGUAUAUGGCAUCUUGGCAGUAUGAUCCUUGUUGUAAAUAUCAAGUGGAAAAGGACUCUAGAAAACUACAAAAAUUACCCUUGCAUCAUUUAACAAGUAAUGCCCCAGUCGUUUUAGUACGUAAGGAUGAUUCAAGGAGGAAAAUACUGCAUACAACCAUUGCCAUUGCUGCUGUGUCAUUUUCUGCGUAUUAUUUAUACAACAUCUAUAUCGAUGGCCAGUGA